AUGACAACUACUGCCACAAAUAUGCAAAACACGGAUCAAAAAUCGAUUUAUCCAUCGCUGAUCAAUGCAAUGACUUCACGAAGGAGUGAUGAAGCCUUAAAUGACUUCCAGAGAGAUUUCAACAAUCGUGUCAUGGGAUUGUUCGCUGAUGGAAGAAGCACUAGCGUGGAACAGUUCAAGACAGACACCGAUAACUUUCUUCGAGCAUUGAAAACCGAAUUCAUCAGAGGUGAAAGUGGAAGUAAAAGAUAUGUGACACUCAAAAGAUUAAUGAAAAUCCUCACAGAGUCUCCACAAUCGAUUAUCGAACUUCUUCCACACAGUACUGUCACAGUUUUUGUCAAAAUUACAAACUUCAAUUUGACAAUCGAUAUCACUCUAAUAGAAGAGCUUGUGAAAACAGUCAUUCAUGCCGAGGAAACCUACAUCAAACUGCUACCAUAUUCGGAGAACAACACCGAGAUUUCCAGCUAUAGUCUUCAGGACUUCGUUGCUGCACAUUAUGUUCCUCAAAUGGUCGAAGAACCAGAGCGAGCAGAUUACUACUCAGCGUACGCUGUUGGAAUUAUAUUCUUCCUUUUAGAUGCUCGAAGACGUGAGAAUAUUUACCUGAAAGAUUUACUUUCAUCAACACUUCUGAUGCAUCUCGAGUCAUGUAUCAACGCUGAAAAUAAUUGUUUGGAAAUGCCAGAGAUCGACGUGUUCACAGUCGGCCAGUUUCGAGCUACUUUAUAUGAAUUCCGAUGCCUUGAUACUGAUCGAAACGGGGUUCUGUCUCCAGCAGAAAUGACGUUCUUCCGAGACGGUUACUUCAAUGCUAUGUUCCUUCAAAGAAUUUUCGACAUUUCGAUGAUCUAUGACAGAUGUUUGGACUUCAAGGCAUUCGUUGACUUGAUGGCAGCUAUCAAAUUUCGUCAUACUCGAGCUUCUGCAAAGUAUCAUUUCGAGGCUCUUGAUUUCAAAAAUGACGGAGUUCUGGACGAAGAUGAAAUCCGAACAGCGGCCCAAGUUGUUCCUGAGUAUGCCCCAAACGAGGAUAGCGUUCACAUCGACAUUGUCACUGCUGAACUCAAAGACAUGCUACGUUUAAAGAAAACGGGGCUUACUCUGGAGGAAUUUAUCGACAAUCGAAUGAGUUCCACUUUUACCGGUUUCCUCUCCAACUAUUCCGACUUCAUGAAAUACGAACGCCGAGAACAGUAA